AUGGCUCCCUCCAACGAUGCAGGUGAGAUUUCAGCAGCAACAUUCAUGCCACUUUCGUCAGCGCCGACGCAGCCGGGCCCGGACCUCGAGCUCGAGAUGGACGAUCACAGACACAGCAGCGCCAGCAGCAGUCCGCCGACGCACCCGUCCUUCUUCAUGGCUUCGCCGGUAAUUGCCCACGCAGGCGGAGCAGGGGCCACUUCGGGCAAAGAGAAUGUCUGCCCCUCUCCCAUGGCAGCCGCAGUCUCCCCGCUCGGGUCCCCCAUGACCAUACGCCUGAGUAGGAAGAAGGCGUCGCAAAGGCCUACUGCUAAUGCUGGAGCUGUGCUGAAUAAGUUCAUCGAUGACUGCACGAGCCGGUCCUCCCGAAAUGGAGUUCAGAAGAGAGAUACAGGAGAUAUUGACAUCAGUGACACAGCUGCACAGCCGUCAAACGACGUAGAACAGCCCGCUGAUUCGAACGCGAGCAAGAAGAGUAAGCGGAAGUCGAAGAAGACCAAUGGAGUUAAAGAGAAGAACAGGGCGAACACGGAGGACCAGGCAGCCUCACAGCCCACGUCGUAUGCCGAGGCCGUCAAGGAGGAUCCAGCCGACGUCGCAGACAGGCAAGACAGAGAGACUAAAGAGGAGAGCAAUGGGUCAGACCCGAGUCAAAAGGCCAACGCCGACCAGCCGGUAGCAGAGAAGCCUGACGGUGAUGCGAUUAGGUCAGAGGCCGAAGGCACUGAAGACAAGAACGGUGAUAAGAAGGAGUCUCAGCCCACGGCAGCGGGCAGCUUGACAUUCGCGGAAGCAGUCAAAGAAGGGUCAUCUGAUACGGCCCAGACGAACGGGCAGGCUACGGAGCCUGAUAACGCCAAGCCUAGGAGUAUUGAGAAAAGCAGCAUACAAGAGCAGGACAGCACGUCUGCUCACUCCAGCCAGGGCUCUACUGCGGUCGACUACCCCGAUAUCCCUUCUGACGCAGAAGACCGUGGGGAGGAAGCGGCGCGGCGCCAAGACCAAGAGAAGGCACAAGAGGUCGCAGGACUGCGCUGGGCUCCGCUCAAGGUACCGUUCAAGCGCCGGCUGCAGACCUUGGCCGUUCUGUUUCAUUGUCUGUGUAUGGGGACCACGCUGUCUAUUUUCUUUGCAUUCUGUGCGAUACCGCUGUUGUGGCCACUACUUAUCAUUUACCUGGUCUCGAUUCUGUUCGCGACAGACGCUGUGGAUGGCAAGCUCAGGAGGCGGAAGGAGUGGGUUCGCAGGCUGCCCAUCUGGAAGUACUUCGCCGAGUACUACCCUGCCAAACUUCACAAGACCCACGACCUCUUGCCAACACGCAAGUACAUCUUUGGGUACCACCCGCACGGGAUCAUCUCCCAUGGAGCAUGGGCGGCAUUCGCGACGGAGGCGCUGGGGUUCUCGCAGAAGUUCCCCGGCAUCACAAACAGCCUGCUGACGCUUGACUCCAACUUCCGGCUGCCGCUUUACCGCGAGUAUGUCUUUUCCAUGGGGGUAUUGUCGGUCAGCAAAGAGUCCAUCACCAACAUUCUGACGCGCGGAGGCCUCAACGGCGAGGGCAUGGGGCGGGCGGUGACCAUUGUGGUGGGUGGAGCGCGCGAGUCGCUCGAGGCGCAGCCACGCACGGCGCGGCUGAUCAUCAACGAGCGAAAGGGCUUCGUCAAGUUGGCGAUGCGCACGGGGGCGGACCUGGUACCCGUGAUGGCUUUCGGCGAGAACGACCUCUACGACCAACUUGACCCCCACAAGCACCCGUGGCUGCACGGCCUGCAGCGCCACGUGCUGAAGGUAUGGAAGUUCACGGUACCGCUGCUACAUGGGCGUGGCAUCUUCAAUUACGACGUCGGCAUGAUGCCGUACCGUCGGCCGCUUAACAUCGUCGUCGGCCGCCCCAUUAUGGUCGCCCAGGCCGACAAUCCCGACAACUCGGAGGUCGACCGCUUGCAUGAUCUAUACGUCGAGGAGCUGAGGGCUAUCUGGGACCGGUACAAGGAUGAGUUCGCCAAGGACCGGCUGGGGGAGAUGGAGUUCUUGAGCUGA